CGAGAUGACACGAAGCAUGAAUUUGAAUUGAUGGGCGAUAUCCGACAUCGCUGAAGAAACUGUCGAUAAAAUCAGUGCAGAUUGAAGUGGAAUUCCUGAAGUUCAUCGGUGCAUUUGAAUGUCAUGGUAACCUUGGUGAUAUAACCGAGAGAGCUGACACUCAUACAAUUCUACGAUUUAAAUCAAAAGAAGCUGGAAUUGAAUAUGGCACAGUGUAUUUACGACAUAUAAAAUCAAGUCAUAUUUUAAUGGAUACUGUGUAUUGACACAUCGGAAAUGAUACUUGAUUAUAUCAAUAACGAGCGGAUGAUGGAACGGGAUAUCCUCAUUUAAGUUUGAGAUAACGAAUCAACAAUGGCUGAUAUGGAUGAUACAGAAAAGAAAAAGAAAACAUUGGGAACUAUAUGCAAAAAAGUCCUAAAGUUUAUGUUCUCCCAUAUUGGGCUAUGUGGUAUGGUCGUGGCUUACUCUAUUGCCGGAGGUUUCAUAUUUAAGCAUCUGGAAAAACACAAUGAAUGGACAGAAUGCAUCAAGUCAAGGGACCAGUAUAUGCCCAAAGAGAACGAAACAAUAAAGCGAUUGGUAAAGGUGAUGGGUAGCCAAAGAACUUUAGUUGAGAAGGAAGAGGAGUUUAAUAGAACUUUGAGAACAUUUCGUCUUAAUGUAUUAGAGAUCGGUUAUGAUGGGAAGGACUGCGAGAACAUGGGUAAUGAGGAUGGGCCGGCUUUUCAAUGGUCUUACCCUGGGGCUCUGUUGUUCUCUGUUACUGUAAUUACUACUAUAG